UAUGAUUCCUCAACACACUAAACCAAAUACUCUUUUCUGCUUCCUUAAAUCUCAUUCCUAAGCUCCCUCGCUCAACUCAUUUCUAAACAAAUUUUCUACCAGAGCUUUGAUAAUAUCCUUUUAAGCGUAAUUAUGGGUUUGAAAGGUUUUGUUGAAGGUGGCAUCGCUUCCAUUGUAGCUGGUGCUUCCACGCACCCUCUCGACCUGAUCAAGGUCCGCUUGCAGCUUCACGGUGAAUCCCACAUCCCAAAUCCAGCCGUGCAGGCUUCUUUUCGUCCCUCAUUAACAUUAACCUCCACAGCCGGCAAUAUCUCAGUGCCGGCGGCGGCGACAUUCUCGGCUGCAAAACCACCCAGUGUUGGACCCAUUUCCAUUGGUGUCCGGAUUGUCCAAACCGAAGGCGUAGCCGCCUUGUUUUCAGGCGUCUCGGCCACUAUGCUCCGCCAAACACUCUACUCCACAACUCGUAUGGGACUCUACGACAUUCUUAAGCAGAAAUGGUCCGACCCCGAAACCCAUACCUUGCCACUUUUUCAGAAGAUAACGGCUGGCUUUAUCUCCGGCGGUGUCGGUGCAGCGGUUGGCAACCCGGCCGAUGUUGCCAUGGUCCGCAUGCAGGCUGAUGGUCGCCUCCCAAUAGACCAACGCCGCAACUAUAAGAGCGUCGUCGAUGCCAUCACUCAAAUGUCUAAGCAAGAGGGGAUUGCUAGCCUGUGGCGCGGUUCGGCUCUGACUGUCAACCGUGCCAUGAUUGUCACAGCAGCGCAGCUCGCUACUUAUGAUCAGAUUAAGGAAGUGGUGUUGGAGAAGGGUGUGAUGAAGGAUGGGAUUGGGACACACGUAACGGCGAGCUUUACGGCGGGGUUCGUGGCUGCUGUGGCAUCGAACCCGGUGGAUGUGAUCAAGACGAGGGUGAUGAACAUGAAGGUGGAGGCGGGAGGGAUACCUCCUUACUCUGGUGCACUAGAUUGUGCCAUGAAGACUGUGAAGAAAGAAGGUCCCAUGGCUUUGUACAAGGGCUUUAUACCUACUGUAUCAAGGCAGGGACCGUUUACUGUGGUAUUGUUUGUGACACUGGAACAGGUCCGGAAAGUGCUUAAAGAUUUCUGAUUUUUGUCCUUCCAAGGAGACAAUUUAUAUUUGUUCUAUAUGUAUAGCCUCAUUUAUUAUAUAAGCUGAUUCACAUUGAGAGUGCCUAUUUGUAAGUUAUGAAUUCAAAAAUUAAGUGAUUUUUUGGGUGUUUAAAUCA